AUGCUGUUCUCCAACCUUGGGCGCGCUGCCCUUGCUGCAGCCACAUUCGCUACUCCCUCGUUUGCCCAAACCUCCGACACGCCAGAUCUAGGUCAAUCCACCUUUGUUGCCCCCGAAAAUAACGUCGCUUUCGGCUUCACGGUCCCUGAAAACAGUGGCGAAGAUGUCUUCAUUACCAUGCGGGCCCCCAUCGACCGUUCAUGGGCCGCCAUCGGCAUUGGCCAGGAUAGCAUGAAGGGCAGCUUGAUCUUUAUGAUCUACCGCGACGAGUCCGGCAACGGCGUCACUUUCUCGCCCCGCGUGGCCUACGGAAACUACGAGCCGACGUACUACGAGGGCAUGAAGUGGGAGUCCCUACCCGGCACAGGUGUUUUCAACGGCUCCAUGUACUUCAGCGCCAGAUGCACCGACCACUGCAGGAGCUGGCCCGGAGGAUGGGUCGACGUGUCCAACGAGAACCAGAAAGCCAUCUAUGCUGUUGGCCCCAAGGGAAGCUUCUUCUCGAACAAGAGAGACUCGUCUGUCAAGUUUCACGAGGAGUUUGGACGCUUCACAAUCAACAUGAAGCGCACCAUUGGUCCCGGCGACGCGCCCGCCCUCAAGGACAAUGCCGUCAACGAAGGCACCAACCAGAUUUCUGCCAACGACGGACGCAGAGACUACAAGUCCAUUUUCCAUGCCGUCCUGAUGGUCGGCUCCUUGGUGUUCCUCAUCCCGUUUGGUGCGAUACUCCUACGCUUUGGUAACAUGGUCAGAUGGCACGCCCUCAACCAGGGUGUCGCGCUGCUCAUCGUCAUUGUGGGGUUCGUUCUCGGGGUUUUGACCAGCUUCUGGUACUCGCGUAUCAUCGGCUUCAUCGUCAUUGCCUUCCUGCUGGCGCAAUUUGCCAUCGGCUUCUUGCACCACCAAAAGUACAAGAAGACGCAGCAGACAACCCCGUACAAGACGGUUCACGUAUGGCUCGGGCGCAUCAUCAUCGCCCUCGGCACCUUCAAUGCCUUCCUCAGUAGCGGUUUCUCCUUUGCGCUGAACCGCAGGUUCAACUACGUCCUCGCAGCAUUCAUCAUCCUCAUGCUCCUCGUCUCGCUCUUCUUUACCUUCGGGGGUAAGUGGGUCCGCGGCCGGAUGCCCAUCAAGUUCGGCAACCAGGCACAGGGCGGCUACAACCCAGAGCCGUGGCGUCAGGCCCCCACGCACGGCGGUUUUGCCUACGACAGCGGCGCUCCGCCGGCUUACCAGCCUCCCUCUCACCAAAACCAGACGAUAGGCCUGACGAGCAUGGUCGCGGAUCCUGUACAGCCGACUAAGGAGCGGAGCGGCAGCCGGGACUACCGAAACAACGAUCUGGGCUCAGCCCACCAGCCGCGAGAAAUGAUAUGA